CAGCUCCCAGUUACCGUACCGACAAGAACCGUGAAAGUUGUCUCGAGUUGUGUGGUCCGUGUUGUUGUUAUCCUUCCUUUUUAGUUUUUAAAACUUCGUUCAAAAACAAAGUCCUUAAAAUCUUCAAAUCCAAAAAUGUCUAUGGAAAAUGUGAUUCCAUUCGAGGAACUCGAAAGGAAAAGAAAAAAAUCUGCUGCCAGACGACUCAAGGAGAAGGAACAAAGGGCCCUUGCCGAGCAGGAAGUCGAUGAAUCAUCGCCCAUGGCAGUGAUCAAUGAGAUUUUCAAUCCCAAACUGAAGAUACCCAAAACUGUCGGCCAUUACACAGUUCCAGAUGAAGUGCACAUCGGCGAUGCGGACGCCCUCAAGGAUCUAGAUGAGAAGAAACUAGUUGAAUUGAAAGAGGUCUUCCUAUUAUUCGAUACCGAUUCGGAUGGCUUGAUUUCGCGCGAAGAUCUCAAGACAACCCUACUGGCACUGGGCAGUGAGGCACCAGAGGAAAUGCUCGACGAGAUGAUAAAGGAGGCCAAAGAGCCAUUGGACUAUGAUGCAUUUGUGCAGCUCAUGGGUUUCCGGACGAUUGAGCUAGAUCCCGAGGAUGUCCUACUGGAAGCGUGGAGCAAGUGGGACGACGAAAAAACUGGGUUAAUUGCGGAGAAAAAAAUUUACGAGGAGUUAACUAACUACGGGGAUAAACUAUCCAAAACUGAGGCCAGGGAGGCACUUUCUCGAGCUCCGAUGGCGAAACCAAAAACACUGGACGAGCCACCGAUGAUUGAUUAUCCGGCGUUUUGCCGAAUGUUGUCUGGCAUCCGGAAACGAAAAACUAAAUAAUUAACAGCAAAUAUUUUUUUAAAAAAUUAAUUCACAAAAAUACAACAUUUUAAACUUUUAAAAUUGA